UGUACUUCCGUCCCUCCCAAAACGUCUCACGACUCGACAAACCUCUUUCAACCUCCGAAUUCCAAACUUCCAACCUUUCCCAUUCCAACCUUUCCAACCUUUCCCGUCACCAUCCUCAAUACCUGCGACCCCGCCGAUUUCGCAUUUUGCAUCGAUAGAUAAAAGACUGCGACCUUCCGAUCCUUCCGCGAUACCGAUAACCAGGCAUUCCCGACAUAAUCAACCUCGCCAAUAUGCCCGAGGACGCCCCCUAUGAUCCCUACAUCCCCAGCGGCCAGGCCGCACCACAGCAGCAGCCACAAGGUACCGGCAAUGCCAGAACACAGGCGCUGCAAGCGCAAAUCGACGACACAGUCGGAGUGAUGCGCGAGAACAUCAACAAGGUCUCACAACGUGGCGAACGACUUGAUGCUCUUCAAGACAAGACCGACAACCUGGCUGUCUCUGCCCAGGGCUUCCGACGUGGAGCCAACCGAGUCCGCAAGCAGAUGUGGUGGAAGGACAUGAAAAUGCGCAUGUGCAUCAUUGGAGGUGUCAUUAUUCUCAUCCUCAUCAUUGUCAUCCCAAUCGUCGUAACCCGUUAGGAGUACCCAACAACCCCCCAGCUUUGACUAUGAAUCGGAUACGAUUUUGGGCGGCACGAAACUGGAUUUCGACGACUACGAACACUCGGGAAGACGGGAUGGGCAUUGUCAUGGAUUGAUUUUGAGGGGAGUUCUUGCUUUCAUGGUCUCAUUUCU